GUUCAAUGGAUUUACAUAGGCGCGCUCAAUUAGUUUUUAGAGUAAAAUUAUUUUUAUUGUAAACUCGUAUUUUCUUCAAUGAUUUGUUGUUGUAGAUAUCAACACGUGGUUUUUGAAUUUAAAUAUUCAAAUUUCGUGGUGAAAUGGAAAACCAAGAAAUUGAAUGUGUUGAGUGGAAAGAUAGACGUAUAAAUAGAGGAAAAACAGACACAGGACUAACACACGAAUGUGGAGUAUUUGGUGCUAUUGGUAAUGAAAAGUGGCCAUGUAAUUCCGAAAUCGCUCAAUUUAUUUGUAUAGGCUUGGAAUCCCUUCAACACAGGGGUCAAGAAUCCACUGGUAUUGUUACCAGUGAAGGUAAUAAUGAUUACCAUGUCCAUAAAGGUAUGGGCUUGGUUAGACAUGUAUUUAGUAACGACAGUAUUUCAAAAUUACAUGGAUUCCAAGGGAUAGGUCAUACAAGGUAUUCCACAAGUGCAAAAUCUGAACAAGUAAAUUGUCAACCGUUUGUUGUACAUUCCAUGCAUGGUGCCUUGGCAGUAGCUCAUAAUGGAGAGCUAGUAAAUGCUGCAGUAUUAAGAAAACAGGUACUAGACCGAGGAGUGGGUCUGUCGACACAUUCCGAUAGUGAACUAAUAACUCAAGCCUUGUGCCUUAAUCCACCAGAAGGCGAAGUUAACGGUCCGGAUUGGCCUGCUAGGAUUCGUCACUUAAUGCAAUUGGCACCCUUGAGUUAUUCUCUCUGUUUGAUGCUGAAAGACAGAAUCUAUGCCGUGAGGGAUCCGUACGGAAACAGACCUCUAUGUUUGGGUGUAAUUUUAGCGCCCGGUCAAGAAAUGAUGAACGGGUUACGGGGAGAUAUUCAACCGGAGGGUUGGGUGGUGUCUUCGGAGUCCUGUGCAUUUAUGUCUGUAACAAGGUAUUUGCGUGAGGUCCAACCAGGCGAAAUAGUGGAAAUGACUCGUAAUGGACUAAAAACCAUCGACAUAGUGCCUCCACCAGAAGGAAAGCUUCCUGCAUUCUGUAUUUUUGAGUAUGUUUACUUUUCUAGGCCCAAUAGUUUCUUUGAAGGGCAAGAGGUUUAUACUGUUCGUGUCCAUUCUGGAAUGCAGCUGGCGCUGGAACACCCUGUAGACGCUGAUAUUGUUGGAUCUGUGCCAGAGUCGGGUAAUGCUGCUGCAUUUGGGUAUUCAAAACAGUCAAAUAUUCCUUUGGGGGAGUUGCUGACAAAAAAUACUUAUGUAGGAAGGACUUUUAUUCAACCAAAUAAUCGGAUGAGGCAAAUGAAUGUAGCUUUGAAGUUUAGUCCCAUAUUACGAAAUGUGAAAGGCAAACGGAUCAUCCUUAUAGACGACUCUAUCGUACGAGGAAACACAGUAGGGCCAAUUAUUAAGCUUCUGCGCAGGGCCGGUGCCAAAGAAGUACAUAUUAGAGUUGCCAGUCCUCCUCUGAAAUAUCCCUGUUACAUGGGAAUAAAUAUACCUACCAGAGAAGAACUGAUCAUGAAUAAAUUGAAAAAUACGACACAGUUUGCCGAACAAGUUGGUGCAGACAGCAUCGAAUAUCUUAGCGUAGAUGGAUUGGUAAAGGCAGUUCAAAAAGAAAUCUAUGUGCCGCACAGGAAAACGGGACACUGCACCGCAUGUUUGACAGGGGAUUAUCCCGGAGGCCUUCCUGAAGAGUUAAGCUGGUAAAUCAGCUAAGAAAAAUUAAAACGAAUCUAACCUAAUAGAAUUAAGAGCAAUAAUAGUAUUAUAGGUUUAGGAGUUUUUAUUAUAUACACCUAAAAGGUACUAGAUUUUAAAAUUUUCUUUGUUUAAAUGUCUUCGUCUGAGAACACCCUAAUAAUAUAUGGUUCGUAUAGUAUAAAUACCGUUGCAGGUCAUCCGCGUCAACACAAAAUUCAAUCGUAGGUCUGUUCGUUUUUAGAUUCGUUUAGCCUAGUACACAAUAAUUACAGCCACUAUACUAAUGUCAAAAUAAAGAUGCACUAGCAAUAAAUAAACCAAGACACGUUGAAUGUUACGAGGAGAACUCUCGAAUUAGUAUGUACAAUGUAUAAACUUUGUAAAUCAUUAUUUGGGAUUUACAAUGUAUAUACAUUGUAGAUCAGGAUUUGGGAGUGCUCCUUGUAACGUUAUUUCUCUUGUCUGUUUACUUCUAGUGCAUGUUUAUUGUGAUUUUAGUAUAGACAUAUUUUAUUAUAUUAUCUAUACAUCAUCAUUCUCUUUGCCUUAUCCCUAUGCGUUUCUCCACACAAUUCUAUCUUGGGUCAUAUCAAUGUUAAUCCCCUUUACCAACAUGUCCUGCCUUAUCGUCUCCCCCCAGGUCUUCUUUGGUCUUCCUCUCCUACUCCUUCCAGGAAUCUGCACUUCAGCUAUUCUUCGUAUUGGGUGAUUAACGUCUCGACGUUGAACAUGACCAAACCAUCUUAACCUAUGCUCUCUCAUUUUGGCAUCAAUUGGUGCCACACCUAGACUUCCCCUAAUAUACUCGUUUCUAAUUUUAUCCUUCUUUGCCACUCCACUCAUCCAUCUAAGCAUUCUCAUUUCCGCCACAUGCAUUCGUUGUUCCUCUUUCUUCUUCACUGCCCAACAUUUAGUUCCGUGCAUCAUAGCCGGUCUUAUGACUGUUUUAUAGAAUUUUCCCUUCAGCUUCAUUGGAAUUUUUCUGUCACAGAACACACCAUUCGCUUCUUUCCACUUCAUUCAUCCAGCCCUAAUUCUACUGCAUGCAUCUCCAUCUAUUUCUCCAUUACUCUGUAAUACCGAUCCUAGGUACUUAAAACUAUUGCUUUUCACAAUCAUUUCACCAUCCAAAGAUACCAUUUUAUUUGUAGUAACUCCAUCUUUAAAUGAACAUUCCAAAUACUCUGUUUUUGUCCUACUAAGUUUUAAACCUUUUUCCUCCAGAGCUUGUCUCCACUGUUCCAGUUUUGUUCUAAGUCUCUUUCACUAUUUCCUGUUAACACUACAUCAUCAGCAUACACUAGGCACCAUGGAAUACUACCCUGUAGUUUCGCUGUUAUCUGGUCCAAAACUAAUGAGAAUAAAUAAGGACUAAGCACCGAGCCUUGGUGCAAUCCUACUUUCACCUGAAAUUUAUCAGUUUCUCCCAAACCUGUCCUAACACUAGUCGUUACUCCCUCAUACAUAUCUCUCACAAUCUUUACAUAUUCGCCAGGGACUCCUUUCUUAUUGAGAGCCCACCACAGAAUCUCUCGAGGAACUCUAUCAUAUGCUUUCUCAAGAUCAAUGAAUACCAUAUGAGCGUUGGUCUCCCAUAUUUUCAUGGUGUAGCUAAGUAGUUUUAUAGCCCUGUAGUUUGUGCAUUGUUGUAUGUUUCCCUUGUUUUGUAGACAGGUACUAAUAUACUGCUUCUCCAUUCGUCUGGCAUUUGUCUAACUUCCAUAAUUCUGUUAAAUAGACCUGCUAGCCAACUUAUUCCUGUCUCUCCCAAUGCUCUCCAUACUUCCCCAGGAAUAUCAUCUGGUCCUACUGCUUUUCCUUUCUUUAUUUUUUGAAGAGCUUGAGCCACUUCCUCGUUUGUUAUUCUGGUAACCAUUGCUGUUACUGUCUCCGUUAACUCGACAGGCUGUCUGUCAAAUUCUUCAUUUAAUAAACUGUCAAAAUAAUUUCUCCGUCUCUUUUUGACAUCCUUUUCGUGAAUUAGUAUUUUAUUAUUUUCAUCUCGGAUACAUCUAAUCUGAUUAAAAUCUCUUGCUUUCUUUGCUCUCUGUUUGGCUAUUUUAUAUUUCUUUGCUUCGUCUUCCCUGGUAUCAAGUUGAUCGUAUAGGUUUGAAUACGCUUCUGCUUUAGCUUUUGCUACUGCUACUUUCGCUUCCUUUUUGGCGACCAUAUAGUUUUGAAGAUCUAUAUCCGAUCUGGUUUCUUGCCACUUUUUAUAUAAUUUUCCCUUCUCUUUUAUUUUUCCUUGUACUUCAUUUGACCACCACCAAGUCUCUUUAUCCUCAAACUUCUUUCCUGGCGUUUUCCCAAGUAUUUCAAUAGCCGUCUCUCUAAUAAUAUUGGCCAUUUUUCUCCAAAUUUUGUUAGGGCUUAUUUUCAUGUUCCAACAUAUUUUUUCUACUAUUCUUUCCCUGAGUAGACCUUCCUUCUCAUCUUUUAGCAUCCACCACUUGAUUUUUUGUGGUCCUCUCCGAUAUUUUUGUUUAGUUUCGUUUUUUACUUCUAUGUCCAGAACAAGCAGCUUAUGUUGUUGGCUUACUGUCUCACUAACUAUUACCUUGCAGUCCUUGCAUUCACGUAUGUCUUCUUUCCUUAUCAUGAAGUAGUCUAUUUGGGAUUGAUGUUGUCCACUUUUGUAGGUAAUAAGUUGAGUUUCUCUCUUUUUAAAGAAUGUGUUAACAAUCGCCAUAUCCAAUGCUGUUGCUAAUUCUAGCAUGUCAUCUCCAAUCUCCAGCUUCAUUUCUAGUUCCACAGCCUAAUCCUCCAUGUAUUGUUUGAUAUCCUGUCUUGGCUUGGCCCACAUGUGCAUUGAAAUCACCUCCAUUUAUAACUUUCUCCUAUGCUGGAAUAUCACUCAGUACGUCUCCUAAUUGGUCAUAGAAAGCUCUUCUUUCAAUCUCACCCAGACCUGUUUGAGGAGCAUACACACACAACAUUCAAUACCUCUUUAUCAAUUACAAAUUUCACUAUCAGCAAUUAUACCAACUCCAUUUCUAGCGUUACUACUCCCUACAUACCACAAUUGAUAUCCAUCGCCUAGUUCUUUCGCCCUUUGUCCUUUCCACCUAGUUUCUUGAAUACAAGCAAUUUGAACUCUUUUUCGUUUGAGCGCAUCCACUAACUCCAGACUCUUACCUGUAAGACUACCAAGAUUCCAAGACCCUAUCCUGAUUUUUCUAACCUGUAAUGGUGUUCCCCCUGAGAUAGCCCUCACCCGGAGAUCCGAACGGAGGCUCAUUUUAGUUCCGCAACAUUUUACCUCAGGAGAUGCCAUCAUUUCAGUAUAAGUUUUUAUUGCGUUUGGAGAAGGUCUUUUCAUUAUUAUGGCCUGAAAAGAUUUUUUGGAUAUUUGAUGCCUGAAUGCCUUUUCUAUCAGCACCAUACCCUGCCCUGCACGUUUAGCCAAUACACCACCAAUGCAACCAAAGUGCAGUAUUACCCCACACCCGCCUGCAUUUUUCUGUAUAGGCCAGGAUCCCUACUGUAAGGACUGCCCUAUAAGCCAAUGUAUUGUUGCCCGUAUCCCGCCACUAGGAGGCACGUACUUUAUUCGGGAUACCGUAUUAUAUUAUGUAUAGACGUAGAAAUAAUAUUUAAAGAUUUCUAUUAAUGUUAACUUAAAGAAAUAUACCAUAAUUUGUUUAAUUUAAUUUGUAUAAAUGGAUUUAGUGAUCAAAAGAAAGUGACAUUUUGGCAUUAAUUGGUAACACUUAUUUGACAGCUGUGUUGUUGACACUUUAUAUUUGUUUUUAUUAUUUACUAUAAAUAUUUGUUGUUUUAUUAUAUUUAUUAUUUUUGUUAUAUUUAUUGUUUUUAUUAUUUACGUUAACGUAAGGUUAUUACUUAAUUAUUGUUUUUGUAUUUCUAAUGUUUUUAUUUAUUUACAUUGAAUAUUGAUUUGUUUUGUUGUAUAAUCCACUUCUGCAAUAAUUAUGUGAAACACUUGAUUUAAAAUGAAGUCAGGAACUUUUUUGUAAUUUGGCAACAAUGUGAACUUAGAUCUCGGACGUAGAUAAUGACGUGUAACGGCAUUUAUACUGUACCAACCAUAAAUGAGGCCCCUAGAACACAACGAGUGUAAGUGAUAUUUUUUAGGAAAUUGGAUUAAAUACAAAAAUGGACUCUCAAACACAUACAAAACAUAGUGGCCUAAAACUUUCUACAUAAACUAACAAUAAAAUGAUCAAAAAUGACAUGUCAUUGAAAACAUACUAGGUAGUGCCUACCUAGAUUUUUAAAUUUGUCUAGAACUUUGAACAAAGUUUUCUCAAAAUUUAUCACUUACACCCCCGUGUUCUAAGGGCCUUAAAUAAGUUAUUGCCUCUUAUAUUUAAUAAAAACUUAAAUAGUUUUAAUUUUAUAGUCUAGAAAAACGUGGGGAAAUUUCAGCCCAUGUACCAUAUGUGGCGUUUUCUUAAGUAGUGUAUAUGCAAUUUAUAAUGUAAAUAGGAAAAUAUCUGAAAAUAGUAACAUGAAACUACUUUUUUUAGUUCUAAAGGUACACGUCAGAAAGCUGAAGUAUACUACAGUGCUAGUCAAAAGUCCGUACCCCUCCUCGUAUCUUUUGAACGGUUAUACCUAUAAUAGUGAAAUUUGGAGGGAGGAAAUAAACGGAAGUAAGCUUCUUGACUAGUCAUGACAGGUGACGUAAUAGUGACAGAUGACGUUACAGAGCCUCUGUGGUCGAUAAUUUUAAAUGGGACCUUAUGGCAAGUGAUCACUCGUUUGAAGGGUAUUCAAAAUACCUAUUCAGUCAUACUAAUCUUUUUGGGUUUAAGUUGAUUUUGAUUUUGGUAAAUAAAUUAAAUAAAUAUUAUAUUGUAGUUUCGCAUUUAAUUAAUAAAAAUUCAAAUAUCCGCCUAUGGUUUUUUUGUCAAAAAAGUUGACGUUUUUCAAUUCUCUAGUAGUUUUUACGUCAACGUCAACCUUUUUGACAAGUAAUCAUAGACGGAAUUUUGAAUUUUUAUUAAUUAAAUGCGAAACUACAAUUUUAUAUUUAUUUCAUUUAUUCAUCAAAAUUAGCUUAAACUCACUAUGACUGAAUAGGUAUUUUCAAUACCUUUCAAACGAGGUAUCACUUGCCAUAAGAUCCAAUUUAAAAUUAUCUGUCACAGUGGCGCUGUAAAGUCAUCUGUCACUAUUACGUCACCUGUCAUGACCAGUUAAGAAGCUAGGAGCGGCUAAAGAUACAGUGCGGCUCCCUAAUUUGCGCGUGCGUGUCCUCAACUCCAACGUUGCCGUUUCCGAGAUAGUUUGAAGGACAAACAACGUUUGAAGAUAAUUUAAUUACGUUGAGAAACAAGAAACGCGUCUAACUUAACUUCAAUUGUAUUUUGUAUUUGUCACUGUCACAUCUUUGAUCGGAUUAUUGGAUAUUCGAUUUAUUUUUAUAUUUUGGAUAUUUGGAUCUAAGUUGGUUAUGUAUGUCCUGUUUUAUUCAUUAAAAAGGAUUCCUAAAUAAAAGUUUAUUCUCAGAUACAGAUUAUGCAUGGUUUGACCCAAAUCAAUAUGAAACAAGGACAUUUAUUGAAGCUAUAAAUAUAAUUUGUAAAUAAUUUUAAACUGUUAAUUACAAGAAUCACAUAGACAUUCUUUAUAAUUAUUAAUUUAGACAUUUUUGUGUGGAAAUAAAUAUUUUUAGUAGGUAUAGAUAUAUAAGAUGUAAUUUCAAUUAAUUUGAAUGCACAAAUAUGCUUGUGAAAUUGUGGAAAAGCUUAGGAUUUGUUAAAAUUCUGGAUUAAAAAGUACAGUUCAAUUCAACAGAUAUAACAUAAUAUACGUAUGGCAUUAACAAUAUAAACAGGUUAAUACAAUAAAACAAAGGUUUUUGGAAUUUUAAUCCUUUAUUAUUUAGAUAUAGGGCCGGUACUUUAUGGACAUUAACCGGGGUUUAAUCAGGACAGAAAUGUAUGCAUAGCAUAGACAUAAACACAAUUGUACUUAUUAUUAUGAUUAGGAGUGCGAAAUUGGAAAACCAAGGUGAGGGAUAGGAAGCUGAUUCUGGAACAGGUCAAGACCCACCAUGGGUUGCGGAGCCAGUGAUGAUGAUAUUAUGAUUAUACAUGAUAUUACAACGCAAGAGGCCCAAAGAGGUACUUUUCUGUCCCGAUUAGCUAACCGAGGUUUAACGGGGACAUAAGUCCCAUAAUCUAUAAAGUUUUGAGCCAAAAGUAUGUAUUACACUUUCAUUUUCAUGUCAUCAGCAUUUGUUUAUUUAAACAUACUGUCAAAAAAUUAAUAAAAAAAAACACCAUAAAGCUAAUUUUUCUAUUAUUAUUUUUGUCCUUUAAAAUAACUUCCUUGUUCAUACAUUUUUUCUAGUUGUGGAAGGCCUUUUAACAGAAUGAGAUAUAAAAUAAAUUUUAAAGGAUACUCAAAAUCAAACACCAAUAUCAUGUAUUUAUAAAUUGCUAAUAAUAAAAUACUUAAAAUCAAAUCAGUCACCAAUAUAAUAUACCUAUUUAUUUAUAAAUUUAUUAAUAAACUGCAGUCCAAUAAAAAUAAAAUUAUCAAGAAAAUUAUCAUCAAAACAUUCUAAAUUUCAUGUUUUUUGCAUAUACUUCGAAGAAUAUUCUCGGACCAAAUAUACCACAUUCAUGUAUGUAGUUACUUAGAAUAUUCGUAAAAGUUUAUUCUUGGAAUAAACCUUUUAGGCUAUUGAUUAUGUUCAAAAUAAGAGAACUAAAAGGAACUACAACGUUAACGGGAUUUUAUUGUCUCAUAUCUGUCUCUAAAUUAGAAAAAACCAUGGAUGGAGUGCUACCAUUGAAAUGAGUGAGUUUUUGAGAAAGGGGUGAAUUAGUCCCUAGUCACAGGGCGAAUUAGGGUGAGUUCUAUGCACUUUUGAUAUAAACACAUCUACAGGAAAAUUGUUCCAGGUUAAAUUUACUAUCCAAACAUCACAUUUUAAAGUCAAAAAUAUUUUUUUUUACAAAAAUAAUAUAUUCAAAAUAAAAGCAAGAAAAAAACACGAAAGAAAGCAAUUUUGUUUUUAGCCCCAUAACUAUUUUCCACAGGGAUAUAGGUAUAGGCAUUGCUUUAGCGAAAAAUAACUUCCAUCCUUCCUCUUUAAAAUGAAGUUUGGUAAAAUUCUCUAAGAUUUAUAGUUUCCGAAAUAGGAUUUUUCUAAGUUUGCCGCUCACAGCAUUUUUGGGCAAUUUUCCCCAUUAUUUCGCAAACAUUGUUCUGUAACUAUUUCGUGCGCAUUUCUACGUAUAUACAAUAGUAGAAAGAGAAAUUAAUUACCUUUAAAAUAGUCUAUUGUAUAAGUUUAUUUAUACAGCUCUUUCUAAGGAAGUUAUGCUUUUUCAAAUUUCUCAUUAUGACUUUUUUUCUUGUACGUUUAAGUAUAUACAUUGUGGAAUAAAAAAGCUUAUUUUCUUUACUUUAAAAUGGUGUAUUGCAAAAAAUUCUAGGACAAUUCUUAAACACGAUAUCCGUAGGAUAUCCAAGAGUAUCCGUAAUUUGAGAAAAAUUUUAAAUUUUUUUUAUUUUUUUCAAUUAGAAAAAUAUGAUUGCAUAUUAUAUCAUAAUUUUUUUUUUUCAUAAAGUUAAUAAUAAAAAAGUUUUCCAUAGGGUUCCAAUCUUGUUUAAAAAUAGUCCCAGAAUUUUUUACGAUACACCAUUUUAAAGUAAAUAAAAUAAGCUUUCUUUUUUAUUAGACAAUAAUAUACCUACCAAUUAUAUACCUACAUAUACAAUAAAAAAAGUUAUAAUGAGAAAUUUAAAAAUAAUCGUAAAAUAUAUCAAAAAUCAUUAAAAGUAUAAAACUUUUUAAAGGUAAUUGACAUUUUUUCCUAUUAAAUGUAACAUUGCAUAUACCUAAAGCUACGUAGAAAAAAGUUACAGAACAAUGUUUGAGAAGUAACAAGGAAAAUGGGCCAAAAUCGCUGUGAGUGGCGAACUUUGAAAAAUCAUAUUUUGGAAAUCAUAAAUCAUAGAGACUUCUACUAAAUGUCAUUUUAAAGAGUAAGGAUUGAAGUUUUUUUUCUUGCUUUUCUUUUGAAUAUAUUUUUGUAAAAAAAAAUAUUUUUAACUUUAAAAUGUAAUGUUUCGAUAGUAAAUUUAACCUGGAACAAUUUUCCUGCAGAUGUGUUUGUACCAAAAGUGCAUAGAAAUCACCCUAAUUCGUCCUGUGCCUAGGGAUUAAUUCACCCCUUUCUCAAAAACUCACCCCUUUAAAUGGUAGCACUCCGCGGGUUUUUCAUAUUUAAAAGUCCAUUGACUAUAUGAAACAAUAAAACCCCGUUAACGUUGUAGUUCCUUUCUAAAAUACAUAAUCAAUAGUCUAUUUAUCGAAUAUUGAAUAUCGAAUCUACCAAGAACAUGAAAUUGUUAUGUGGGAACCAUUUAGGCUUGAGUUAAAUGGAGAAUAAUCUUUUAAAACAAACACACACACACACAACAUUUAGUUACACUAGAUUUGCUCCUGGUUGAAAAUGUAGGUACUGCCACAGCUUGUUCGAUUAAAUAACAGCAUCCUCCUUUUCCAGUAUUUCAAUCUUUUCUCUAUUAACAACUGCAAUAUUAUGUAGAAGUAUACAAGCUGAUAUUAUUCUUCAAACAAAAGGUAACUUGCAUCUCAUUUCACAUACUAAUAUGGGGAAUCUUUUCUGCAUAAAAUACCAAAUAUUCUUUCUAUAACAAUUCUUGAGGCAAUUUGUGAUUGAUUAUACAGCACUUCAACUACUGUCUGACUGAAGAUUCUGCAAUGGUGUCAUUUUAUAUACCCAUAAUAUGCAAAAGUAUUUAAAAACUUCUAAACCUAAAAUAGCACUUCCAUAUUGUAUGAUGGUUAUGUUGUUCUUUAACUGACAAAAUAAUUAAAUUCAACGUUUUACUCUUUUCAAUGAUCUUAUAUUUUCUUAAUACCCUUUUACAGGUACAGGUAAAACCUUAGACAACUUGUCUAAGGGUAAAACAAAAUAGAAUUUUAUUUUUAUAGGUUAUUUUUAUAUUUACAUUACAAAAAUAUUAUGUCAUUUGUCAAAAUAAAAGAUUCCUUGCAAGGAGCUAGCAUUUUGAAUUUCCCGGCGAUGUCAAUGUGUAAACAACAUGACAACGUUGUAAAUAUUUUGACGCAUGCGCAAAGUAGGGAGCCGCACUGUAUCUUUAGGCGCUCCUUAAGAAGCUUACGUCCGUUUAUUUCCUUCCUCCAAAUUUCACUAUUAUAGGUAUAACCGUUCAAAAGAUACGAGGGGGGUACGGACUUUUGACUAGCACUGUAUAAUAAAUUUUAAUUUUUUUAUUCUCGCUGUAAUUUCUUUUAACUCAUGUAGAGGUCUUCUGCAUAUUCCUGUAAUUUGAUCGAUCCUUCUUGUUGGGGAUCUUUCUUGUGAUCUUCGUAAAAGCCUUUCCUUGUAAAAUAAGUAUUUUUGUUUUCUGUGUUUGCUCUCAUCAUGAUACUAUAAAUAACGAGAUAGUAUCUUCCCGUAGCUCAAAAUACGUCCGAGUUCGCGCAUGAUGACGUAACUGGAGACCGGAAGUUGAAUUUGAAUUCUUGUUAAAAUUAAAUGGGAUCUGUAUGCAUUCUGUGAUGAAAUUAUUCAAUUAGCAACAUAACAUUAAACUUCAAUGUAUUCGAAAAACAUUUAGUGUCGAGAUUCCUGUCAAAAUAACUGACAUAAAUAAAAUAUAAAAUACACUUAGCUUACAACCGCGAACAAUUCAAACUAAUUGGACAUUACGAAUUAUUACGAGCCAUUACGAACUUGCCGGUCUCCAGUUACGUCACGACUUCAGGAUGUGCAUUAUAUUAUCUUGUUAUUUAUAGUAUCAUGUUUCUCAUGACAUGUCCAAAGUAUUUUAAUUGUUGGAGAUGGACUUUACUGGAGAGUCGUUGGCUAACUUUUAGCUCUCUUAAAAUUAAAUUAUUUAUCCUACGGUCGCCCCAAGGAUUCGUAACAUUCGUCUCCAACAGAACAUUUCAGUGGCGUCUAACUUUCUUCUUUCCGAUUGUUUCAGGGUCCAAGAUUCACAUCCGUAGGUCAGCAUUGGGAAUAUUAAGCAGUUGAUCAACCUCAUCUUUAGCGCUCUUAAAAUUUGACAGUCCUCCCAUAUUUUGGUCAUUUAUGCUGUGGCAACUUUUGCUAGAUCACAUCUACGUUUAAUCUCCCCCUGUAGUGACCCUGUGUUUGUGAUCAAUGAUCCCAAAUAUAAGUAUGAGCUCACAACCUCAAACCGGUCAAUUGUGGUUAUGUGUGCAUGAUUAUUAUGUAGUCUAUCCACUAUCAUUAUCUUUGUCUUUGAUAUGUUUAAUUGCAGACCAAAUAUUUGACUUUUGUUUUCGACUAGUCAUAUAUUUUCAUUAUGUGGGCAAAAGAUGAUCUUGAUAGUGUAUAUUGGUGCUGUUAUAUUUUCUAACAAUUUUAUUGUCGAACUUUUCUUACUAUUGUAUACGGGUACUGAAAUAAAAACUGUUUUUUGUCUGUUACUGAAUUAUUAAAAGUUCGACAAAGUAUAAUGUAGAUCUGUUUCUUAAUAUUGUUUAAAUUAUUUAUACUUUAUUAUUAACUAGUACUUACAUAAAAUGUUUAAUAUAAGUACAGUACAAAAAUUAAAUAUUAAUUUUUGUAAAAUUGCUUUUAUCAAUAAGAUAACUGAGUAAGUCAGAAAAUAUAUUAUUUUAAAUAUA